AGGAUCCCACCAAAUUAUCCUUGAGUCCCACCAAGCUCAAUUAUGCACACAAAUUUACACUUAUUUGUACCCACACACAUACUCGAUAAGGAAUUCAACAGAUAUUUGGAUACGAUAUAAUAUAUUGGACUAAAAUUUGUCAAAUUAAGAAAUCAGAAUCAAGAAAUGGAGAAGAGUGUGCAGGUGUGUGUAACUGGAGGUGCUGGUUAUAUUGCCUCUUUUCUCAUCAAGCAUCUUUUAGAGAGAGGCUACACUGUUCAUGCAACUCUUCGAAGUUUGAGCCAUGCUUCAAAAGUGGGAUUAUUGAAAGGGCUUGAUCAUGCAGAAACAAGAUUGAAACUGUUUGAAGGUGAUAUAUAUAAUCCUACUGAAUUUGCAGCUGCUAUUCAUGGCUGUGAGUUUGUGUUUCACGUAGCUACGCCAUUGCAGCACGACGGCGGCCAGUACAAGAGUACUAGUGAGGCAGCAGUGGCUGCGGUGAAGAUCAUAGCUGAAAGUUGCCUCAAAUCCAAGACGGUGAAGAAGCUCAUCUACACCGCCUCCGUGGUGGCGGCGUCGCCCUCAAAAAGCGACGCCUCCGGCUACGAAGAUACCAUGGACGAGUCUUGUUGGACCCCUCUCGAUCUCUCCUAUGAAAUGUUCUCCGACUAUAUAAACUCGAAGACAUUAGCAGAGAAAGAGAUCCUGAGCUAUAACGGUCUUGGGAUAGAAGUGGUGAGCCUCGCCUGUGGGCUCGUCGGAGGUGAAACGAUCCAAUCUUUCCUCUCCGUCAGCAUGUCAACCUUAAUCUCACAGGCAUUGAGUGAUGGAACAUUUUACAAAGGUUUGAGAGCAUUGGAAGAUUUGGAUUCGAAGGUUCCAAUUGCACACAUACAGGAUGUAAUCGAUGCACAUAUUUUUGCAAUGGAGAAUUCAGACAUGAAUGGAAGAUUUCUUGUUGCUAGUGAUUUCUUGAAAUCAGUUGAGAUUGCAUCUCUCAUUAUGAAACAUUAUCCAGACAUAACCAUUCUCCCAGGGUUUAUUGAAGACACCAAGAGAGAAACAAAGUGGAGUUCAAAAAAGCUGGAGGAAUUGGGAUUUCACUACAAAUUUGAUGCCGAUAAGAUUAUAUAUGAUAGCAUUGCUUGUGCCAAGAGAUUGGGUGCAAUAUAAUUUGAAUGCAUGUAAUAUGAAUCAACUUCUAGUAGUUAUUUAUUCAUCGAACAUUUUGGACUUUGAAUAUAUGUAAUCAAAUUCGAACAUCCAUGCUAUGGUGAAAUCAUCCUUUGAUUUAA